UUCCGGGGUAUAGUCUCUGCGCUCGCCUCCGGUUCCAGCUGCGACUCACAUUCUCCCCAGACCCCGAGGAUGCGGGUUGUUAUGCCCCGAACGCUCCUCCUGCUGCUGUCGGGGGCCCUGGCCGUGACCCAGACCUGGGCAGGCUCCCACUCCUUGAGGUAUUUCCACACCGCGAUGUCCCGGCCCGGCCUCGGGGAACCCCGCUUCAUCGCCGUGGGCUACGUGGACGACACGCAGUUCGUGCGGUUCGACACCGACGCCCCAAAUCCGAGGAUGGAGCCGCGGGCGCCAUGGAUGGAGCAGGUGGGGCCAGAGUAUUGGGACCGGGAGACGCGGAUCGCCAAGGUGCACGCAGAGAUUGCCCGACCGAACCUGCAGACCGCCCUCCGCUACUACAACCAGAGCGAGUCCGGGUCACACAGCAUCCAGAGAAUGCAUGGCUGUGACAUCGGGCCUGACGGACGCCUCCUCCGCGGGUACAGUCAGUUGGCCUACGACGGCGCGGAUUACAUCGCCCUGAACGAGGACCUGCGCUCCUGGACCGCGGCGGACACCGCGGCGCAGAUCACACGCCGCAAGUGGGAGGUGGCCGGUGAGGCGGCGCGCUAUAGGAAGUACCUGGAGGACACGUGCUUGGCGGGGCUCCGCAGGUACCUGGAGAUGGGGAAGGAGACGCUGCUGCGUGCAGAAUCUCCCAAAACACACGUGACCCGCCACCGGAUCUCUGACCAUGAGGUGACCCUGAGGUGCUGGGCCCUGGGCUUCUACCCUGCAGAGAUCACCCUGACCUGGCAGCGUGAUGGGGAGGACCACACCCAGGACACAGAGCUUGUGGAGACCAGGCCUGCAGGAGAUGGGACCUUCCAGAAGUGGGCGGCUGUGGUGGUGCCUUCUGGAGAGGAGCAGAGAUACACGUGCCAUGUGCAGCACGAGGGGCUGCCCGAGCCCAUCACCCUGAGAUGGGAGCCAUCCUCUCAGCCCUCCAUCCCCAUCCUGGGCAUCAUGGCUGGUGUGGCUAUCCUUGUGGUCACUGUGGUGGUUGGAGCUGUGAUCUGGAGGAAGAAGUUCUCAGGAGGAAAAGGACCGAGCUACUCUCACGCUGCACGCAAUGACAGUGCCCAGGGUUCUGAUGUGUCUCCCGCAGCUCCUAAAAUGGGAGGCCAGCUGACUGUGGAGGACUGAGCAAUGCAGGAUCUCUUCACACUCUCACUUGGUUACAAGAGCUCUGGACUUCUCUUUCUGCAAAUGGUGUCAGAAUGUGUCUGCGUUCCUAUUAGCAUAUUGUGAGGACGCAGGAGACUGGCCCCCCCCGCCCACCAUGACCUGUAGUGAUUCGUGUUCCCUUUCUGACCUGCUUUCCUGUUUCACUAGAGGCAGGGCUGGACCAUCUCCAUCCUUGUCUUUUUUUCAUGUUGGGCUGAGUACUGACGCCUUACUUUCCUAUUGAAAAUGAGAAUCCAGAUAUGAAUUGGUAUUUUGUAAUUCUGGGUAUGUGGGAUUGAUGAUGAAUUAAUAAAAGAAAAGAUUUGUAAAGUUGCAACAAAAUAAAUGAAAGCACUGAGAACCUUCCAGAA